AUGCCUGGGACCACUGCUGGUGCCGCCACUGCUGGUGCUACUGCUAAGCCUAAGGCUACGUCACUGGCCUACGCUAAAGACGACCCGCCCGAUGUCGAACAGUUGGGCCGGUCGCUGUGGACGUUGCUCCACCUGAUUGCCGCCAACUACCCGGAGGAGCCUACGACCAAACAACAACGCGACUUGCUGCUGUUCUUGGGGUUGUUCUCGGGGCUCUACCCGUGCUGGUGGUGUGGCGAGGACUUUGAAAAGUACAUGGACGCUAAGCCGCCCCAAGUGAAGACCCAGGACGAAUUUGGCCGCUGGCUUUGCGAGGCUCACAACGAAGUCAACACUAAAUUGGGGAAACCCAAGUUCGACUGUGACUUGUGGAAAAAGAGAUGGAAAGACGGCUGGGAUGAGUAG